AUGCGUCUUUUCCUCCUGCCCAUAUCCACCCGUCGCUCCCUCAUCUACUGCGAGAAGCUGCACGAAAAGGCUCCCAAAGACCGCUCCUACUAUGACAAGCUCACCAUCAAGGCCAAUGAGACAUGGGUCGCAUGGGAGAAAGACGAAAAGGCCAUCUGGGACUGGAAGAAGAAGGUGACCUUUUACGGCAACGAGGCCCUGAAGCGCAUUCCCUACGAAGAAUGGGGACUCAAGACAAUACCCGCCCUCUCGGCCAAGCGAAGACAAGACAUAUUGGACGGCAAGGCAAAAUAUGAGGUCCUGUUCCCGGGCAAGUACCUGCCGCAGGAGAGGGUAUCUGGGCUGCUGCAAAAGCUGGCCAAAGAAAGGCAGAACAUGCACCGGAGCAAGCUGAUCUGGAGCGUCAUCAUCAUGCCCUUCACCGCGCCCUUCAUGCUCGUACCCGUCAUUCCCAACCUGCCCUUCUUCUACGUCCUCUACCGAGCAUGGAGUCACUGGAAAGCGCUCGGCGGCUCCAAGCACCUCGAGUUCCUCCUCAAGCACAAUCUCCCUAAGCCCGCUCCAUCGCCCAUACUCGACCAACUCUAUACUGCCGGACUCAUGUACCCUACCCGCGCACUCUCUCGCGCCGCUCCCAACCCCACCGAACAACAAGCGCAGCAGGUCGCAGACGUGGUGCACCAGCAGACGAACAACGAGACAAAGGACGUCAUGGUUCUCCAACGGUGGAACGGAAAACUCCUUGCUGAGCAAUUCGACCUGCCCGACAUGGAGGUCGAGAUCGAGCGCGCCGUCUGGCAGGUCGAGCAGGCAAUCAAGUCAAAAGAAGAGCUGGAAUCAGAAAAGCUGGAGCAGGAGAAGGCGGCCGGAGGCAAUGGUAUGAGGGCGAAAGACGCACUGCCCGAGCAUAUCCUAGAGAAGAUACACGAAAAGGCCGAAGAUGUCGCUGAGGAGGCCAAGGAGAAGGCCAACCAAGCGAACAAGUUAUGA